AUGUCUGAAAAAGCUGAAACAACUAGUUCAGUUGUUGUUCCUGAUGAUGUUCAUCAAUCAUUAUUAACCGAUGGAAGUGAUGUUCAAACAAAAGUAGGUCCAGUUGCAAAGUUUCAUCGAGAUGGAGAAGAACGUGACCUUGAGACCAUUGAUGAAUUAGUUGGAUAUAAAAAAGCGAAGAUUAAUAAAGAAUUUGUUGGUUUAACAAAAGAAGAAUUAAAAGAAUAUAUAAAUAAUCCGAAAUGGAAACGAAUUCGUUGGAUCAUUGCUUUCUUAUAUAUUCUUAUUCUUCUUCUACUUUUAAUUGGUUCGAUUGUUUUAAUUGUAACAUCACAACGUUGUCCACCGAAACCUCAUCUUCAUUGGUUUGAAAAAGAAAUUAUCUAUGAAAUUGAUGUUCCAUUCUUUCGAGAUUCGAAUCAAGAUGGAAUUGGAGAUAUUAAAGGUGUUGAAGAGAAAUUAAAAUAUUUUGAAAAGAAUCGAAUCAAAUCACUUCUCUUUCAAUCUUCGAUAUUUAAUGCAACAGGUGGAAUUUCUCUUCAAUUGGAUGGACGAAUACCUCAUGAUAAAAAUAUCGAUUUAAUCACAUUGGAUUCAUCAAUCGGAAGUGAAAAUGAUUUCGAAAAUUUUAUUAAAAUUCUCAAUCGAAAAGAUAUGCGUUUAAUUAUUGAUUUACCCUUAUCAUCAACUCUUGAUCCAAAUGGUCAAUUAUGGUAUGGAUCAAAACCUCUUCGUUCUUCAAUCGCCAAUCCAUGUUCAAGAAGCCGAAAUGAUCUCGCUUGUCGGUUUUUAGAAUUUUAUGGUCGAUUACCAUUGGAUUUCAAUGAUGCACAAAUUUACGAAGAAUCUGAAAUUCGUAUAAAAUAUUGGUUAACAACGAAGAAAGUUGAUGGAAUUCGUGUGAAUCUUCCACUUGAAUAUGUUUCAUCAACUGGUUCUUAUAAUAUUUCCUAUUCAACGAUUCAAAAAUGGAAUGAUCUCAAAAAUGAUAUUGAGAAGAAAUCAAAAUCAAAAUUAUUAAUCUACGAUAUUCCAUUUGGUUUACAAAAUUUCAUUACUGAUGACGAUCUUAACAGUAAAACAGCGCAUUCGUUGUAUUUAUCCAAUGGUUAUCAGCGACAAAAGAUCGAUGCAUCGAAAUUAUAUCGAAGAAUCGAUUCGUUCAAAGAAAAAACUCUUUCGAAACCGAAAUUUUGGCAGUUGGGAUCAAAACGACGAAGUGAUGAAAUUGGAAUUUUAACCGAAAAUCAAUUGAAGAAAGAAAUGCUUUUAACGAUAACAAUGCUCUUAGGUGGAACACCGAUUGUUCUUUAUGGAGAAGAAAUCGGUCUCGAUCAAAAAGUUUAUCCAAUUAUGUCUUGGUCACCGGAUGACAAAUCUCGAGGAUUUUCGAAUUGUUCGACAAAGAAAUGUCUUGAUCGAUUUUUAAAUUAUUCGAUCGAUCCAUCGAAAACGAGUGUUAAACGACAAGAAGCGUUGGGUGGUGAAUCCAAAGAUUCUUUGCUGAAUGUAUUUCGUCAUUUAGCUCAAAUACGUUUGAGUGAAUCAUUUCAACAUGGAAUUGUUCAAACAGGUUGUGAUCAACAAUCAAAUCUCUUUUGGUUCAUUCGUGAAGCACCUGGUCAUCGAGGUUUUAUCGUUUUAUUAAAUCUAAAUGAGAACACGAAGGACUUUGCUCAUAUAGCAUUGAAUCGUCUAACCGAUGAAGAUGUUCCAUUAAGUAUUCAUAAUGAAUAUCAAUGGCCAAAAUAUACUCUUCCUCGAUCGAAUACAACUCAUAUCGAUUCGGAUAAUUUAUUAAUUGAUCCUCAAUCGAUAAAUAUCUUUUCCUGGGCACCGAAAAUGAUUAAACCUGAUGUUUUAUAUGAACGCGCCAAGCAACAUCAACAUAAAUGCUAA